AUGGCUCGUUUAUGUGUAACGUUAUUUCUUGUCCUCCUUUUUGCUCUAGCCUUCUGUAUCCCCUCUUUUGAAGCCAGAAGGCUACUUACAGUUGAAAACAAUGCAAAGGGUGACGAGCUUUCUGAUCAUCUGGGUGAGCAUGAACAUCACCAUGCGGUGCCAAGUAAAUUUAAUGUUGAAAAGCAGUUGGCCAUGACUCUUCAUCAACUUCAUUCUGUUCACGCUGAUCGUGAUCGGAUUCUGAAGGAGGCAAACCCGAGCCCGGGCGUUGGCCAUAAUUAG